UUCGGAGGUGACUUCAUCUGUCCCGUUCGAACUCCAUUUGACAAGUCGAAUUCGGCAGUUGCUUGGGGAAUGGCCCGAUUUUCAUCAUCCCUUUCCUCCUGCUAUAUACUCUUCCUCUUUGGAUCACUCAAUGUGCCUGUGCGCGCUUCCCCUAGUCUAGUUAAAACCAUGCGCUCCUGGGACAUUGGCAAAGCCGGUCUACACUUUUGCCACGCCAGGUCUCCAUUCUCAUCUUUUUGUGUCUCCCAUCUCUGCCUUCCGCUUCCGAAUCGAUUCGUCGACUCUGUCUCCGUAGCUCGCGUGAAAAUUGCGUAUGCUCGCCCGUCUGAUGCAUGUUUGUCAGCUUGA